GGGGGUGGAGGACGCCGUGCCCGACGAGCCCGCGCAGGAGAUGAAGCGCAUGAGGGCUGAGCGCGCUGGCCCCAAGGCAGGGGCGUUCGGACUGAACGAGAAGCAGCGCGCUGCCAUGAGACUUCGGGCAACGCGGCAGGCGCAGGCCAAUCGCGUGCAGUCGACGAGCGGCGACGUGGUGAGCCUUCUCCCAGGGGGCACUUCAUUCAUGGAUGUAUCUUGCCACGUGGCCGUUGCCAAGGAGUUGAGUUCACAGAAUCGGCAGCGGGUUGCCCAGCAGGAGAAGGAUAUUCAGGACACGCUUUCUGAGUUCGAGGUUGGCAGUGGCGCUGGUUUCGUGGAGGAGCUCCGCAGGCAAAUACCUAUAUUGCGGCAGUCUGAUAUUGUUCCAGUGCCAUGCGAGGGCCGUGGUCAUUGCUACUUCGUGCGCCCCCCUUCAGAGCAGCAUGCGAAAGUUGGCGUUGCGUGGGCGGAGGCGUUCAGCAAAUGCAACUUAGGGCAAUACCUAGAGCAACAAUGGUCGCAGAGACACCGCACAAUCAUGAGGGACGAUUGCGCUCCUGUCGAUGCCCCAGCUGCGCUCCUCACUCCGUGCAUGAAGGCUGGCAUCUGCAUUUGUCAAGGGGAUGGGCUGCGCAUGUGGAAGUUUCGGAAUAAGUACUUGGUCCAUCUCAAGGCCGCCUGCCCACCGCGAUCUUCGAUGCGAGCAUUGCUGGUCGAUGGCUUCAUCGCGUGUCGGUUUGAGGGUUCGCCAUUGGGGGGCGCCGAGGGACCCCCUGUGGAACUGUGGUUCCACGUCGCCGCGAUGUACUUGAGCCCAUUUCGGCCGACCUUCAGCAAAUUGCAGAAGCCAGCUGCUCAGCCUGAGGAUGAGCGGAAGAUCAAGUUGAAGGCUGUCGGCAGCUUCUACACAGAGAUGCAGGCCUUCAGCGAAAUGUCCUUGAACACCAAGUGGACAGUCGAGUUCUUCCAGAUUUGCUCUACCAGCUUGGCUCUGCCGUAUCUUUCGCCAGACAUUGUAUCAGUUGAGAGCGCCAGCCCUGUCUACCAUGCCUGGCCGCCCUUGCGGGAGAAGAGGGGCACGAACGUGAAAGAUACUUCUGCCCCUGAUUGGUCUUCAGUUGCGUCGGGCUCACAGGCGCUGGCAGACGGCGACAGCUGCGACCCCGAGGAGGACCUCACCAAGGAUGAGGGCGCUGAGGGAGGCGGCACGGGUGGCGAGGGU